UUUGAACUGGCACCAAAAAACCUGUCAUUGAUUAGUGUUCAUACAAAAGUCAAGUCCCGUUCAUGUGCUCGCCAUUAAGAAGGGAAUUUUAAACAAAGAACACAUAUGUUGCAAGAAAAUGGUUUUCCUCGUCAAAGGUAGUAUACUAGUGUGUCUGCUUUGUUUAAAUACUGUCAAGUCAGAGGAUGGUGCUUUUUAUGGCGGAUCAAUAAGCUAUAAACUAGAGGAGAUUGCAGGAAAGAAAAUAGCCCAUAUUGAAUUGAUAACAGGAUGGAAGUUGGGGGAAGGCCCUUGCGGCGCCAACUGUUCAAAGAGAGAUGUCAAUAAAGUGGUCAACGAAAGACGCAGUCAAAAAGAACAAAGUUCCGGAAUUCAAAACUAUUUCGGAAACUUUUCAACAGAUUACACUGAUCAGAACAGAGCAACAAUAGAAAGAGACCUAAAUACGAUCGUUCGCUUUAAUUAUACUGAAUGGGUGAUAGCUGUUAGUGAGCAGGCAAUGUGGGAACAAGAGCUCAUGAAAUUCAGCUUUGAAAUGGCUGACGCCGCUGAAGAUAUAAAUUACGAUGGCAGCUUUUGGAGGCCACUUAUGUACGGUAAUAAUUUCAAGUGGCACUUUCAGACAAAGGCUGUGCACAGUGUUCGUAGUGACACAAACCGAAUGAACAACUGUCCACAAGUUGUAAUAAAGGCAUUCUAUCGCGUUAAGUUAAACACUGUUUCAACAAUACGAAUACCUAUGAUGGAUCCGGACGGCGAUAUUGUUCGAUGUUUCAUGGCAGCAUUUGUUGAAGGAGGGAAGUUAAAAGAGGCUCCAGGCGUAAAAGUCCAGAAUGAGUCCGGGACAAAUGUUUGCAAAGUCUCAAUAAAUGCCGACAUAUCUUUUGGCUACACUGACGAUUCGUGGAUAGCCAUUCCAUUAACGUUCAGGGACUACAAUACCAAAAAGAUUCACUUCGGAAAGAACGACAAAAUUCCUGGCAAAUUCUCACUUAGUUCAACUAGUGCACAGUUUGUCGUUCAAAUCCUUGAGAAUCUUGUUACACCGGAGUUCGUUUCUCCGACUGUGGAAGGAGAUCAUAUAUUUAUUGCAUAUACUGGUUCGGUAUGGUCGGUGGAUAUAUAUGCUCAGGCUCCAGUUAAUACAACUAUCUACGAAUUCAUUCCGUUAGGACGUAAUCGAGAGCCUAUCACUGUAUCCACAAUUAAGGAGGAAAAAACACGUGACCGUGUGAAAUACGCAACUAUGUCAUGGGAACCUUCUUUGGACGAUAUCGGACAACACAUUUUAUGUACAAGAGUUGUUGAUAGCACAGGAGUUGAUGCAGACGAACUUCGAUGCUUUGUAUUAGAAGUAAAGGCGGACACAUUCAACCACUCGUCUACAAAACAUCCGGGAAAGCCAUAUUUCAUUGACAUACCAUCGGUUGAUCAGUUUGUUAACUGUAAAAUAGCUGCAACGUGUUUAAUUCCAUUGUUUGUGAAGUCUGCUGCUCAAGUAAAGACGAUUCAGGUUACUGAAAGUUUCACAGAUGAAACAGCAAUAGGCAAGGUGGAAGCUGUUACAUAUAGUGGAGAAACCGUUUAUAAAGCAAUAUUGUCGUUUACACAUUUCAUGCCGGGAGUUGAGAAGAUCUGCUUAUCUGCUACAGAUAUAAACAAUAUAACGAGCGAAGAAGUAUGUAUCAGCUCGGAGAUUGAACCUCCAGAUCCUUGUUUGUCCGCACCUUGUAGAAACUCGGCUACCUGUAGAAGCAACAGAAGAACGGGCACUUUCAUAUGCGAAUGUCUGUCUAGCCAAUUUCACGGAUCCCUAUGUGAAAAGCAGUCAGAUCCUUGCGAUCCAAACCCAUGCAAUAAAGAUCACAUAACCCAAGCCGUCGGCGCUAGUAUGACCUGUUAUUGCUUGUGCAAGUCAGGUUUUACAGGAAAACAUUGUGAGGAAGAUAUAUUUGACUGCCGGAAUGAUUCCUGUGAUAUUACAAGAGGGACAUGCAGGGAUCAGGUGAACAGUGUAACAUGUGAUUGUUACUCACGAUACAGUGGCGACAAUUGUACAACUGAUAAAUGUCCAAAUGCUGGAAGUGGUAUCAUUGCAUGUCCAGCAGAUGGUUGUUCUCCAGACCAAUGCUCAGGAAACGGUGUGUGUUCACAGGGUGGUCACUGUACAUGUCGUAGGGGUUUUGCCACUGACUCCAGAUGUUCGAGCAGUGUCGUUCAAUAUCCUGGUGUAACGGGGGUCAAAUUUGUAGCCCCAACACCAAAGGACAGAAGUCAGUACACCUGUGUUAUUGCAUCAAAUACGAUCAAGCCUUGUCACCUUUCCGUUUACCUUGCUUCAACAGGAUCAACACCGACACUUAAUCUAGAAACUACACGUGAUUUAAGUAUUAGUACUAUAAUGGGAAAUGUCAACUUAUCAAGAGCACUUCAGGGAAUAAAUAAUGUAUACAGCACAGAUAUCGUGAUUCAAGGAAAUGUGAAGGACAAAAAUGGACAUUAUAUUUGCUUAACAGCAAGAGAAGGGUCGUCAGAAGCGGAAUUAUGCUUGGAGUUAAAGUUCAUAAUUGCCCCACAACUUGAUCCACUCCAGAAGAAUGCAACAAUCAAAUUUGUUGACCCAACACAAGUUGAAGGUAGUAGACUUGUUAGUUAUGUGAAUGAGACCUAUACAGUCAUGUUGUUCACUACAUACACAUCGACCUGUGAAAAUGUCAUUUCAACAACUGAAGGUGUUACAGUAUUUGCACCUGUGUAUGAUGGAGUUAGCGCAUGCGUGACAGAGGCUUCUUUUGUAUUUAGUAAUGUGGGAACUUUUGAUGUUUGCUUUCAGUCAGCGAAGACAAGCUUUCAGAAACGCUGCUUCAUUGCCGAAGGAUUAACUAAGGAUUCAGGCAAUCCCUGCUUGAGCUCACCUUGCCAGAACAAUGGUCACUGCUUUCCAAACGGAACAUCUGGGUUUCAGUGUAUUUGUCAAGUAAAUUAUGUUGGGCAACAGUGUCAGGAAGGUCCUUGUCCAAUUGGCGACUGUCAAAAUGAUGCAUAUUGCAAAAUAAACGAUGGGAACAAGACAUGCAUUUGCAAAGCAGGUUCUAAAGGUCCAAAAUGCGAAGUUCAGAGUUCGCAAAAUAAACCCGAGAUGACUUUCACAGAUGCAGCUAAACCAAAGCUAUUUGAGUGUGUGAUAUAUCAGCCAUGCAGCAUAUCUUUACUGUUAACAGGACAAAUUGGAGGGAAACCAAAAGUAUCUACUGGUUACGUAAGUCCGACUAUCCUUCUUGACGAUAUUCAAACAGUAGACCGACAUUUAUCCGGGAGUUACCAAGUCAACAUCAAAUUGAAAGCUAAGAAAGUGGGAAUAAAAGACGUUUGUAUACAGUCACUCGAUAGUACUGGUACAAAUAAGGAUGAACUGUGCUUCAAAGUCAAUGUGAUCACGGAAGUAUCUGCUCUUUAUGGAUUCGAGGACCGCCCCCAUUUCGUCUAUCCAAGUCUGCCCAACAAUGCUAAAGUUGAAUGUCAGGAAAACGAACUUUGCCACGUGCUGUACGAAAUUACCCCUGGAGACGGAAAUGAAAAGCAAUGUGUUUCUGCGAAACCAACAGGAAAGGUUGAAGUUCAAACUUAUCAUUUGUUUACGUCAUGUGAGUCUUGUACACCAGGCCAGUCGAACACCGGAAAUUGCUCUCUUGAUAUUUCCAUGCAAACUAAUGCGGCUGAUGUCGGACAGCACAAAACAUUUUGUGUCGCACUUAGUCUUACUGGGACCUCAGUGACCGGAGAAAGUCGUUGUUUUGAUGUCAGUGUGGUAUCGAAGGCAAAAGGAGAAGAAAAGAAGGGUUGCCAGUUGAUAGAAUGCAAAAACGGCGGAUUUUGUGACGGCCAUAUUCCAAAACAACCUGUCUGCUUUUGUAAGAAAGGCUAUUUUGGCGAAAAAUGUGAUGGAGGAGGAACAUCACCAGUGACCAGUACGCAUUCACAAAGUUUCAUUGGAGAUCUGAGUAUUCCGUCAGAAAUUAAAUGUAAUGUUGGUCAGACCUGUGCCAUUCCGUUUGAGGUAGUAACAGCCAUUGGACAACAACCAGAUGUUUCCUUGGGUUAUGCUGAUCCAAGAUUAAUGCCGGGUGAACCGACGUAUACUCCAUUUGGAAGUACGAACGCAGUAAACACGGGAACAGUUGACAUAAAUCCGUCGGAAGUAGGAACAUUUCGACUGUGCCUGCAGACAAACGUAAACAGUAAAACGGAGGAGGAGUUAUGUGUAGCAGUUAAAGUUUCCGAUGAUGCCGAAGUACACAUAGAUAUGUCCAAACCACAUUUUAUCAAUCCAACACUUCCUAAAGAUUCAACGUUACUUUGCACAAUAAAGAAGCCGUGCCAUCUUGAUUUAUAUUCUACAAAAGGAGACGACUUUGGCGUUCCAGGAAAAUGCCCAAAGGUAAUAGAAACAAGUAUGAGUCACGAUACUGGAAUCCUGAUUUUUACACCAGAGUACCAGUCGAGAAGUUGUAUGAGUGACGUGACAUACACAGCAGCUGUUGAGGAGACAAGAACUUUGUGUUUUCAAGCUACACUCCCAGGAAAAAAGGGAGAAACCCGAUGCUACACAGUAAAGUCUGUAGCAGAUAUAACUAAGGAAGUUAGUUCUCCUUGCACUGGGACCACUUGCGAUAACGGUGGAAAAUGUAUUGCAGACCAAAAAUUAAUUCCAGUAGAAGCCAACUGCAUCUGUGCACUAGGAUUCACCGGCAGGGAUUGUAAGACAGUUAUUAAGAACAUUACUGAUUUGCCGGGGAUCAAGAAUUUGCAGAAUUUAUCAGGCAUUAACCAACAUUUUGACGGCAACAGUGCGGUACCUACAGAUGUUGAAUGUGACGAAAAAAACCCUUGUUGUGUAGUUGUUCCUUACCAUGGCGAUAUCAAUAAACCACCCUUGUUCGGAUUCAAAGACACAGAUCUUACAGUUACAUUGAAUACGACAGUGACAGCAGAUAAGUCGCAGCAGAAUUUGCAAUUUUUUCAAACCUGUGUUAAAGGUGUUCCGGGAAAGAAACAUAGAAUGUGUAUACAAACAACAGCGGAUGGUACAACAAAAGGAAUCAAUAUUGAUGAGAUUUGUUUUGAAGUGGAAUUUAAAAGUGGAGGUCAGGACCAUUCUUCGACAGAACCGAAGUUUACUGGCAGUCUGUCAAAUGGAUCAAGCGUUGUAUGUCAGCCAAAGUCGAUCUGUCAUAUUCCAGUUAUAACUGACAAGAAGUCUGGAUCUUGUGAGCAAGUUAAGGAAUGUGGAGCAGGUAUGACGGGGACACAUGUUUUUAAGACAACCGAAGUCGGCGAUAAAUGUGUGACAGAUGUGGCUGUCAAAACCGAUGAAGAUGGAAAUGCAGAUACACUUUGCAUAUCAGCUGGGCUUGGUGGGGAGGAGAGAGAAAUGAAAGUGCUUACAAAAGUAUCAAAUGAGUUUGGUCCGUGUCAGAAGAAGCAUUGUUUAAAUGGAGGAAGAUGUAAUUCUACAACUGAAACAACAGCUGUGUGCGAAUGUACUCCUGGAUAUUCUGGUGGUGUUUGUGAAGUUACACCUUGCAUGGGAAUCACGUGUUAUAAUGGUGGACAAUGUAUUGCAGACCUAACAUCCAUUCCAGUUAAAGCGAAUUGUAUUUGUUCGCGAGGAUUCACCGGCAAUGAUUGUAAAAAAGUUGUUGAGAGCACUAACAAUUUACCUGGUAUAAGGAAUUUGCCUAAUACAACAGUCAUUAAGCAACACUUUGACAGCAACAGCGCCAUACCAACACAUGUUAAAUGCGAUGAAUUAAACCCAUGUUGUGUCAUCGUUCCAUACCAAGGAGACAGUAAUAAACCGCCCAUCUUUGGGUUUAAAGACACAGAUCUUAUAAGUACGUUGAACGCAACAGUGGCGGCGGAUAAGUCGCAGCAGAAUUUGCAAUAUUUCCAAACUUGCGUUAAAAGUGUUCCGGGAAAGAAACAUAGAAUGUGUAUACAAACAACAGCGAAUGGUACAACAGAAGGAAUCAAUAUUGAUGAGAUUUGUUUUGAAGUGGAAUUUAAAAGUGGAGGCCAGGACCAUUCUUCGACAGAACCGAAGUUUACCAGUAGUCUAUCAAAUGGAUCAAGCGUUUUAUGUCAGCCAAAGUCGAUCUGUCAUAUUCCAGUUAUAACAGACAAGAAGUCUGGAUCUUGUGAACAAGUUAAGGAAUGUGGAGCAGGUAUGACGGGGACCCAUGUUUUUAAGACAACUGAAGUCGGCGAUAAAUGUGUGACAGAUGUAGCUAUCAAAACCCGUGAAAAUGGAAAUACAGAUACACUUUGCAUAUCAGCUGGGCUUGGUGGGGAGGAGAGAGAAAUGAAAGUACUUACAAAAGUGUCAAAUGAGUUCGGUCCCUGUCAGAAGAAGCAUUGUUUAAAUGGAGGACGGUGUAAUUCUACAACUGAAACAACAGCUGUGUGUGAAUGUCCUCCUGGAUAUUCUGGAAAUUUGUGUGAAGUUGCACCUUGCACGGGAAUCACGUGCCAUAAUGGUGGACAAUGUAUUGAAGACCUGAAAUCCAUUCCAGUUAAAGCGAAUUGUAUCUGUUCGCGAGGAUUCACCGGCAAUGAUUGUAAAAAAGCUGUUGAGAGCACUAACAACUUGCCUGGUGUAAGGAAUUUGCCUAAUACAACAGUCAUUAAGCAACACUUUGACGGCAAUAGCGCCAUACCAACAGAUGUUAAAUGCGAUGAAGUAAACCCAUGUUGUGUCAUCGUUCCAUACCAAGGAGACAGUAAUAAACCACCACUGUUUGGAUACAAAGAUUCAGAUCUAACAGUUACACAGAAAACAACCAUGACGACAGAAAAGUCGCAGCAUGAUUUGCAAUAUUUCCAAACCUGUGUUAAAGGUGUUCCUGGAAAACAACAUAGAAUGUGUAUACAGACAACAACGAAUGGUACAAUACAAGGAAUCAAUGUUGAUGAGAUUUGUUUCGAAGUGGAAUUUAAAAGUGGAGGUCAAGGUCAUUCUUCGACUGAACCGAAGUUUAGAGGCAGUCUGUCAAAUGGAUCGAGUGUUUUAUGUCAAACAAAGUCGAUCUGUCAUAUUCCAGUUAUAACAGACAAGAAGUCUGGAUCUUGUGAGCAGGUAAAGGAAUGUGGAGCAGGUAUGACGGGGAUCCAUGUUUUUAAGACAACUGAAGUCGGCAAUAAAUGUGUGACAGAUGUGGCAAUCAAAACCAGUGAAGAUGGAAAUACAGAUACACUUUGUAUAUCAGCUGGGCCUGGUGGGGAAGAGAGAGAAAUAAAAGUGCUUACGAAAACGUCAAAUAAGUUCGGUCCAUGCCAGCAGAAGCACUGUUUAAACGGAGGCCGGUGUAACUCUACAACUGAAACAUCAGCUGUAUGUGAAUGUCCUCUUCAUUACUCUGGUGUUGUUUGUGAAACAGAACUGAAAACAACUACAACUACCUCGACACAAGCUUCUACAACAAUUGAAACCCCUACAGCAACUAAAGCUACUACAACACUAACAGAUUCUACAACACCUGCAGCUGCUACAACUGCUAAAACAGCAACUGAUGCUAGUACAACACCUUCAGCUGCUACAACACCUAUAACUACUACAACAACAAAAGCUUCUACAAAACCCACAACUGCUACAAAAAUUAAAGCUCCUACACCAUCUUCAGCUGUUACAACAACUGAUUCUCGUACAGCACCUUCAGCUGCUACAAUAGCUAAAGCUGCUACAGCUCCAUCAACUGCUACAAUAACUAAAGCUACAACACCUUCAGCUGUUAAAACAAAUAAAGCUCCUGCAACACAUUUAGCUGUUACAACAACUGAUUCUCGUACAGCACUUUCAGCUGCUACAAUAGCUAAAGCUGCUACAGCUCCAUCAACUGCUACAAUAACUAAAGCUACAACACCGUCAGCUGUUAAAACAAAUAAAGCUCCUACAUCACCUUCAGCUGUUACAACAACUGAUUCUCGUACAGCACUUUCAGCUGCUACAAUAGCUAAAGCUGCUACAGCUCCAUCAACUGCUACAAUAACUAAAGCUACAACACCUUCAGCUGUUAAAACAAAUAAAGCUCCUACAUCACCUUCAGCUGUUACAACAACUGAUUCUCGUACAGCACUUUCAGCUGCUACAAUAGCUAAAGCUGCUACAGCUCCAUCAACUGCUACAAUAACUAAAGCUACAACACCUUCAGCUGUUAAAACAAAUAAAGCUCCUGCAACACAUUCAGCUGUUACAACAACUGAUUCUCGUACAGCACUUUCAGCUGCUACAAUAGCUAAAGCUGCUACAGCUCCAUCAACUGCUACAAUAACUAAAGCUACAACACCUUCAGCUGUUAAAACAAAUAAAGCUCCUGCAACACAUUCAGCUGUUACAACAACUGAUUCUCGUACAGCACUUUCAGCUGCUACAAUAGCUAAAGCUGCUACAGCUCCAUCAACUGCUACAAUAACUAAAGCUACAACACCUUCAGCUGUUAAAACAAAUAAAGCUCCUACAUCACCUUCAGCUGUUACAACAACUGAUUCUCGUACAGCACUUUCAGCUGCUACAAUAGCUAAAGCUGCUACAGCUCCAUCAACUGCUACAAUAACUAAAGCUACAACACCUUCAGCUGUUAAAACAAAUAAAGCUACUGCAACACAUUCAUCAUAUUCUCCAACUAUUAUGAAAACUGUUCCUACUGCGUCUUCAUUUGCGAAGAGUGCUGGCACAUCAAACACGACAGAUAAUUGUGACAACAAGAAAGCUAAACAGCAUGCUCGAAGUAUGGUAGCCACUGGUUAUGCUAGUUGCUUCUGUAUGGUAAAAGGGAAGAAGGUGUACGUUAUAAAGAAACGACCAGUUGCAGAGAAAAAGAACAUGUUUAAAGCUGCAGGGUUUGGAGCCGGCGGUAUGGUUGGAACUCUGGCGGUUGGCAUGAUUGUGUAUGCAGUAGUGAAUGCCAUAAGGAAGCCGCGGAGCAGAAAUAAACCAACACCUCGCCCAAAGAGGUCAUCACGUGUUCAUCCGGCAACGUUAAAUUAUUAACACGAUAUAUACAAGAGGACAGUGUGUUUUGAUUUAAAAUGUCUACCAUUAAUUGAAUACUUUCGAUGUUUCUGUUUCAGAUAUAGUUUCUCUGUCUAAGGGCUUUUUUCUUAGGGCUUUUUUCUACUCUUUUAUUGCAACUCUUGUAAUAUGACAAAGCAAACAAUCUGACUGGUCCGACUGACUUUAGCUUGUUUUACUUUACAUGUCACUGGUUCUAUAUUGGGUAUCAUUCGGUUAUGAAAAACGACACAGUCAAAUAUAAGGAGAUUCUGCAAUUUCUUAUAGAAUUAAUUAAAAUGACAAGAAAAGUGCUUAUUACAUCUUGGGCAAAAUAUGAAUUCUUUUACAAGGGCGAAAAGCAAGAAUUAUUUGCCUAAAUACCAGAUACCAUGAAUAACUUUUACUGUAUUUGUAUGAUUGUUUUGUAAGUGAAAAAGCUUGAAAAGUGCCGAUUCUGCUACUUCAUUUAUUUGUUCUUAACAACAUUUGCGGAAUUACAACUGAGUUUAAUGUUUUGAAAUGUUAUCAACGUUGUGUUGACUGACUAGAAUUGCGUCAUUAGAUCCUUCAUACAAAUAUAUUGGUAAUGUCGUCAAACAUUGAUACGUAAUUUUGCCAAAUAGUUUCUUUGAUCAAUAUAUCUACAACAAAAUCUUUAUUUCAUGUAACUGCUGUAGUAUAUACAAUAAACUCUGCGCAUAA